AUAUUAAAGGAAUCAUGUUCUUGGGUAAGCAUGGAUACUUAGUGCAAUAUAAAGGAUAUUUCACUUCAAACCACGCCCUUCCCAUGUUAGCCGCACUUGCAAUGCCCCUUCUACGGUCUGUGUCAUCCCAAAGAAUAUGGUCAAGGCAAAAUACCAUGAUUACCACCGAGAAAGUGUACCACUACACCUAGUUUCGCCUGUCAUUCCACCACUGUGUUGCUUGACUCUGGCAGCCGAUGCAGAAAUUCCUUUGCCGCCUCUGGAUCUUCAAACAACAGUUGACUGGACGCCGCUGAACAUCGUGACGACGUACUCACUCUUUUCUGUCAACAGCAUUGAUCCGGAUUCGAAAUAUGACCAUUCAGCAUACUGUGACCUUCUGAUGCUGGCCUCGCAUCGAUUCUGUUGCAGAGUCACCCCUGGGGUAUGAAAGAUAUAUAGAUAACGGCUUACAUUUCAGUGGGUGAGAUUUUCUAGGCUGGAGCAUAUGAUGGAUUAGAAGGUCUGGCUCU